CACAAGAGUAUGUUUCUCGCAGAAAGGUAAUUUUAAGUUCCGAUCUCAUAGUAUAACGCGUUAAUUUAAUAAAAGUAAUUUAAUUCUAAAAACUCCGAUUAGAAAAUAACACAACCGGCAUUCCUGCAGCGCGAAGUUAGUUUAUUAUUGAAGUUGCGGUCCAACAGGGCGAUGUUCACUCCGGUCGCCAUUGAAGCCACGACGUCGAGUCGCGAUCUUGUAUGAAAUGGUGUUAUAGGUUAUUUAGUUUAAAAUUAGAAUAACGUGCAACGAAAACUCAAUAAAAACUGUGUGAUUGCGUUAAACUACAUUAUAGUGAUAAGGAACGCGCCAUCACUUUGUAUUAUGAGUGGCGUUCUAACCAGACAUGUUUGAAACACACAAACUAAAAAGCGGAAAUCUUAUGAUAAUUGUGCCUCAAAUUAGAAAUUAUAAGAUUUAACUUGGGAUCCUAUCCUCUAGAGAGUUUUAACUAAUUUUAAAUUUUAUCGUUAGAAAUAUAGUAAUAUUCUAAUUUUGUUGGUAAAAUUUAGUGAGUUAGGUAUCUUAUUUUCGGGAGUGUAGUUUGUAGUUUAUGCUAAGUCAGCGAGUAGUUGAUAAAUCGAUAGUAUUGCAAGCAUGAAAAUUCCGGAAACGUCUGCAAACAUUGGUGCUUAUUACGGCAAUGAAGAAAAUGGCCAGUGGCAGCCGAACGGAGCCAUAAUCGACAGCGGAGUGGGCGGUGGUGUGGUGGGCAGCGGUGACGCAGGCCUGCACCGACCACCAGUGUACCCCGUGCAUAUACCCAGGGGACAUAUACCCGGAUACGUGAUGGCCGGCGCGUACUACCCCCCCGCGUACCCGCCUGCACCACCCCCGCCUCAGAACGACUUCGCGGACUACAUGUGGAUGGAGAACGAGGAGGAAUUUGACAAACAAGACGACUUCGAGGACUACAUGUGGAUGGAGAACCAGGAGGAUUUCGACAAACAAGUGAUGCAGCAGUUGGAGGAGGAAGCCCUAAUGGAGCAGUGCAUCGAAGCUAUGCUGGAGGAUGAGCAAAGAGAACAGAGGCAGAGGCCCGUCCCCAACGGACACAACCACCCAACAACAAGCAACGGAUCAGGCACUGUGUCCCUACAGGAGGCGGUUUCCAGGUCUACACUCAACCCUUUAGCAGCCGAGUUUGUCCCCAACAGAGCACGACAGCCACCUGAAGAAAAGCAGCCGGUCAUAGAAGUAAAGACAGAAGUUAAAACUGAUGUUAAAUCAGAUGUUAAAACAGAUGUCGCCAGCGCGAAAGAAGUAGUCACAGAAGUUACACAGAAGGAUAUGGUUGAUGGCAAACAAGACACAGAAGCAGUAAUACAGAGUAAAAAAGAAGAAACGAUACAGGCACCCACCGAGCCCCCAGAAGUCAGUGCGGCGGGACUCCUACCAAUAGAUACAGAGAAAGACAAAAGAACGCCGAAGGAAGCGAAAAAGGACACGAAACCAAAACAGGAAGUAAAAAAAGCACCAAAAGUCGACAUAAAAGCGAAAGCUAAGCCCAUUGUGGUGAAAUCCGAGACAAAAGUGCAGCCCAAAAAGGAGGAAGUGAGCGUUAAAGUUGUUAAAAGUGAAAUUAAAGUUGAGAAGAAGGAAGUGGCGCCGGUCGCUGAAGUUGUCAAACAAGCAACCCCACCAGUGACGGAAGAAACGUCGCUUCCGGGACUAAAACCCAUCAACUACGCCGCGGCGGCAAAGGCGAACAAGCCCAAGAAACCCACCACGCCACCCGUCACCGAGAAAACAGCACCGCAAGUUACGAAAACAGAAAAGGUUGAAAAGAAACCAAUGCUCAAGGACAGUAGAGCGAAAAGCGAAAAACCCAGUGUACAAAGAAAGAGUUCUAUGAAGUAAAUAUAUUUUUUGAAGGCAAUUUUUAAUGUACAAAAAAUGUUCUAUAUAUUAAUUGUUAUAAUAUUGCCUUGCUUUCUACAAAACUUGUGGGGAAUGCGGCAACACUGAACAGUAACAAAAAAACAGUACCAAUUAGCAGACCGCAUCUCGAGUACCAUCAGCCGCUGUUUUUUUCAUUUCUUAUUGACUUUCGGCGCGUGAGCACGUCCUACGCAUUUUCAGUUCGGAAAAAUCCAUUGUGUGUGUAAUAUGUGAUCAACGUUGUACAAUAUUUUUGUCACGGCAAUACCAAGGAACGAGCGACGUAUAUUGACAUGUAAAUUAGGGUAUUUUAAAACAUUUAAAGUCGACUAUAAUUUCCUUUAUAUUUCUAACACUGAAGGGUACGUUCCUUCAAUAAUUCUACUAAAAAGUAAAAACUACCGUUUCCCUAAAAGUUUAAGUUGGCAAUACUGACGAAAGUAGGAGAAUAAUGCUAAAGAUGGUAUAAGAACGGGCCCUUUGGUAUAUCGACCUUAUGCGGUAGGAAUACAGUUGUAAAUAGCUAAAACUGGACUUCAGACUUGUGCAGUAUGUACAAACAGAGCUGUACCUUUUGUAAAUCUGAUUUCGAUUCCCUAGAAAAUCGAGUAAGGUACGUAUGUAGAUAUCUAGGACUAAGUAGGACACGUCUGCGUUAGUUUUAGCGAUUUACGACUGUAUUUCAUUCGCAUAAGGUCGAAAUUACAAUGGGCCAGUUCCUUACAGUGUAAGUCGAAGAAUCAUUGGCAAUUCGUAUGGAACUAAGAAACUAACAUAAAACCUUACAUACUAUUUACAACAUUAUUUGCAUGGGCAUAAGGUUGAUAUUCCGAAAUAUCGUAUUAAGUCAUAUGCAAUUAUGAAAGGAACGGGUACAAGUCUUAACUUUUCUUACUUGUCUUAAUAUGUAAAACAAUUUUUCUGUACCUUUACUUUUUCGCGUAAAGUAUUAUUUGAAAUAGUAUAAAGUAAUAAAAACGCAUUAAGAAAAAAUAUUUUUCUUUAUUUUGUUUUUUUUUAAUUAAUCAUUAAAAAAUACUUUACAUUAAAAGUAAUGAUUUUCUUGCUUACGUAAUAAUACAAGUUAGAAAAGAAUGUAUUGAAACUACAUAAUAUAUAGAGGAAUGAUCUCUAUUACAACCAAGGGGCCGCUGUCACUUUGUUUUUGUCUCCAAUUGCUUGACGUCAUUUUGGCGCUGUAAGUUGUGAAGCUCUAAUAUGAAUGUCAUGGACUUCAAAUUUAAUUGACUAAAAAACUAAGAUAUAAAUUAGUUCCAGAGACACUCCCAUGUUGCAUGAGUGAAAAAUUUAAGUAUAACAACAGCCAGUCCAGUGUUAAUAUUAAAGGUCAGUGCUUUGAAGUUAAAUUCAUUUGUCAAAUUAAUAUGUUAUAUGUUUUGUUGUAUAUGUCAGAUUUACGUUUUGUUUCCUUGAAAAUGUAUGAAUUUGGUAAAUUCUAAAGUUUACGAGUAAAAAAAAACUUUACGUUUAACAAUAACAUGUGUGCUUCAAAAUCGAUUUGUUUAAUACAAAAAUGAUUAGAAAUGGAAAAUGAAAUAUUGUGGAAUUUUUUAUCCAGCGGGACUGGCUUAUUUUUCCUGGAAUAAAUUUAGUAACACUGGUUAUAAAUAUUUAUUACACAUAGUAGAAUAUGAGUAGCGUUUUGAGUAAAAAUCUUUCACUGUCACAAUGUAUGCUUCAUUAUAGACUUAUAACAAUAACAAUUUACCAAUUACCAAUAUAAUAUAAUAUAACUUUAUUACCAAUAUAAUAUAAGCUACAGCAGCUGAUUUAUUCUUGAGUAUAUUUGUCAAACACAUAACUUAUAUUUUGGAGUGAAGGUACUUUUCAUCUCUACGUUUAUGGGAUAUUUAUGCCCGUUCGGAAUGAUACAAUAUUUGGCACAUACUUUAUUUGCAUCUACGAGAUGAAGUUCUUCUCAUCCUAGGCAAAUGAAGAAUUUCUACAUAAUUGAAUUAAAAAAUAUAUAUAUUUUAUAAACGACUUGUUGU